AGUUGAGGGUGGUUUUUGAUUGCUCAGCAAGGUUUCGGGGAGUUUCAUUAAAUGAUGUUCUAUUGACUGGUCCUGACUUGAUUAACUCUUUGAUAGGAGUCCUUUGUCGCUUUCGGAAGGAAAAUGUAGCUGUGGUAUGCGACAUCGAAAGGAUGUUUCAUCAAUUCUUUGUUCCCCCGGCAGCGCGGAACUAUUUGAGGUUCCUGUGGUGGGGUGGUGCAGAUCUGGAAGCGGAACCGCAAGAAUAUCGGAUGACAGUUCACCCCUUUGGCGCUACUUCAUCCCCUGGGUGCGCUAAUUUUGGCCUCAAGUAUCUGGCCCAGAAACAUACGGUGGAUUAUCCUUUGGCAUCGGCUUUCAUUGAGAAGAAUUUUUAUGUAGAUGACGGCCUAACUAGUGUUCCUUCUGUUAAGGAUGCAGAGGAUUUGAUUAUAGAAGCACGGGAGUUAUGUAAGAAAGGGGGCCUACGUCUGCAUAAAUUUAACUCAAACAGAUUGGAGGUACUGGAUUGUGUUGACGCUUCUGAGAGAGCGACGAAGGCUGGAAGCUUGCAUCUUGGUUUAGAUGAGCCGUUAAUAGGACGUGCUUUGGGCAUCCAGUGGUCAAUAGAACAAGAUAGUUUUAGUUUUGAUGUAAACCUUAAGAAUCAGCCUUCUAGUCGUCGUGGCAUUCUCUCAGUUAUCGCCUCUAUAUACGAUCCGCUCGGGUUUAUUUCCCCCGUUACCUUAUGCGGAAAGCGUAUUCUGCAGGAUUUGUGUCGACAGGGUGCUGGAUGGGAUGAGCCUCUUCCUGAGGAUUUAGGCUCUCGAUGGGAGGAGUGGAAAGGGGACUUGCCCAAAUUGCAAGAAAUUAUAAUACCCAGAUGUUAUCAUCCGCCAGAAUUUAAAUCUAUUGUUCGGAUAGAGUUGCAUCAUUUUUCAGACGCCAGUAGCGUCGGUUAUGGCGCAUGUUCAUAUGUGAGGUACAUUAAUAACGACAGAGAGGUUUACUGUAGCCUAGUGAUGGCUAAAGCAAGAGUAGCACCCACGAAGCUCCUGAGUAUACCUAGAAUGGAGCUUUCUGCUGCUGUGGUUUCCGCCAGAAUGAGUGCCAUGUUGAGGGUUGAACUGGAAAUGAAAAUCGAUGAGGAAUUUUUUUGGACAGAUUCCCAAGUGGUAUUGGCCUAUAUUAAUAAUGACGUGAGAAGGUUUCAUGUAUUUGUGGCAAAUAGACUCCAAGUAAUAAAGGGAGAAACAAACUGUAGCCAGUGGCAUUUUGUUGAUACAUCUGAAAAUCCAGCUGAUCAUGCCUCCAGGGGUUUAAAUGCUUCUGGCCUUUUAUCAACUAACUGGAUGAUGGGACCAAGUUUUUUGUGGCAGCAUGAGCUGAAGUUAACAUCCCCUCCUUCCGCUGUGCUGUUGGUGCGUGAUCCAGAAGUGAGGGCAGCACAAGUGAAUGUGGCGAUUACAAGCGAUUGCGAUGAUAUGCUUGAUAGGUUGAGCCGAUUUUCCUCUUGGAUACGGCUCCUUAAGGUGGUGGCGAGAAUCAGGAGGAUGACAUCCAGACAAAGGCAUGAUAGUGAUCACAUUACGGUAGAGGAAAUUGAGAGCGCGACGGAAGUGGUAGUUAGACUUGUCCAGCAACAAGCCUUCUCCGAAGAGAGAAGAACGUUGGAGAAGGGGGAUAGUCUUCCCCACUCCAGUCCCCUUUUUCGUUUCAAUCCUAUUUUGGAUAAGGGAAUUCUUAGGGUUGGUGGGAGGUUGAGGCAGUCAUCUCUCAGUCAAGGGUUGAAACACCCAAUUAUUCUUCCUAAGAGUUCACACAUUACCGAGCUUGUGCUUCUUCAUUUUCAUGAGAGGAUUUGUCACCAAGGUCGAAGCCAGACUCAAAUGGAACUUCGAGCAAAUGGGUUUUGGGUCAUUGGUGGGAGUAAAUCCACUGCUAGGUUGAUACAUCAUUGUGUGACUUGUAGGAAGCUUCGACGUCCGGCAGAGGAGCAGCAGAUGGCUGAGCUCCCGGAGGCACGGGUGGAGGCCUCAGCACCAUUCACAUAUUGUGGGAUGGACGUGUUUGGUCCCUUUAUUAUUAAAAGGGCACGCACGGAACACAAGAGGUACGGAUUGAUUUUUACUUGUCUUUCCUCAAGGGCUAUUCACAUUGAGACGUUGGAAGAUUUGUCAACGGAUGCGUUUAUAAACGCUUUAAGAUGUUUUAUCAGCCUCAGGGGGGCUGUACGUCAGCUUUAUUGUGAUCAUGGCACAAAUUUUGUGGGGGCUAGGAACGAGUUUAAGAAGGCUUUGAAACAGUGUGAUCCCAAGAAAUUGGAGGCUUAUCUGGCAAAUAAACAGUGUGAAUUCAUUUUUAGUGCGCCAGCGGCGAGUCAUGCGGGUGGCGUUUGGGAGCGGCAAAUUCGAACCGUGCGGAAUGUUUUGAAUGCCACGCUUUGUGUCUGUCCAGGUAGGCUCGAUGAUUUCUCACUUCGAACACUCUUUUAUGAGGCUAUGGCUAUAGUGAAUAGCCGCCCCUUGAAUGUGGACGGUAUCAAUGAUCCCAGAUCAUUGGAACCUUUGACACCUAAUCAUCUUAUUUUGAUGAAGUCUCAGAUUGCCCUUCCUCCUGCUGGGAAAUUUGUAAGAGAGGAUGUAUAUGCAACGAAACGAUGGCGACGAGUGCAAUACUUGACUGAGCAAUUUUGGGGACGCUGGAAGAGGGAAUAUUUAUUGAAUAUUUCCCUGCGUCAGAAAUGGCAUAAGCCUCGGCGCAACCUUAAAACAAACGACAUUGUCAUCGUCAUUGAGGAUACACUUCCGAGGAAUCAGUGGCAGUUGGGGCGAGUGGUGGAGACCAUUCAAGGAACUGAUAAGUUGGUUCGUAGGGUUAGGGUUCAAGUCACAGAUCGGAGGCUGCAUGGGAAAUCGGACCCCCCUUUUAGGACCGUCAUCCUUGAGAGACCCAUCCAGAAGUUAGUGUUGUUGCUCGGAAAUGAAUGAUUGGAAAAUUUGAUUCCUUAUUUUAGUUGUGAGACAGUUCGGUGUCAGAGUUUUAACUGUUUGUGAAUCAUGUAUAAUUCGAUUGAUUAUGAAUUUAUCGUGGUAUGAUUGGGGGGAGUGUAAUUGACACCGAAUUGUCUUGGAGUGGCCACAGGAGGCGGUGUGUGUGGUGGAGAGGAGGUGAAGGACCAGCAAAAGGGAAUUAGGUUUUAUGGCCCUCACCUGCUUUCUGUUGGCAUGCGUUGCCUCAUUUUCGUUUGUUUGGUGUGGCGUGGUGUCCGGUUUCCCCGUGGCUUCUUUUUCCUUGUUGGAUGUUUGCUUGGUGAGUUGUCGGUUUGAAUUUUUAUCUUCGUUUCUUUUGAAUUGUAUGGAUUGUAUUUAAGGAUUUUAUUGUUUAUUAUUAGUCUUAAGGUGACGGGCAGCCUUAUAGAUGAUCCGUAAUAUAGCACCCCUCGGUGACGGAACGAGUUUUCACGGUGCACAAUGAAGUGGAAAUAAAGAGUUGAAGCACCUGUCGAGACUCCCGUUUAUUGA